GUUUGUACACAAGGAUUAUGUGUCCAUUGGAACUUCACAAAGCAAGGGCAGUCAGCCAUAACAGGUCAUUCUGUAAUGUCAGUCCCCUUUAAAGACAGCAUGUCACCAGGCUGCCUGUAACAGUGCACAGGUGAAGGGGUGAAGAUUGACAGCACUAAUCUCUCUGUGUUGCUCUUGAUGGCUCUGCUUUUAAGCCUGUCUUGUGCUGAGGAUGAGAUAGCAGCUUUAUCCUGCCCAGAGUACCAAGAGGGCUUUGACGGCUCCUGUUAUGAGUUUGUGGGUCUACAGCAUUCCUUCAUCAGUGCACAGGGUUGGUGUGAGUGGGGUGGCAGACACCUGGCCUUCAUUCUAAAUAUCGAUACACAGCAGUUCCUACAGAGGCACCUGCAGCCGGAGCAGGACUGGUGGCUAGGUCUGGCACCUGCCUCCCCGAACCUAACACUGGACUCUGCUGUUGCUGAAGGUCCUCUCUCCUGGCUUGAUGGCUCUGAUGUCAGCUACUCUAACUGGGUGAACGACCCUGGUCCAGGGGCUGGCUGUGGUCACAUACUGAGGAGCUCAGGGUUUCAGUGGGAGGCAACAAGCAACUGUAGCCAGGAGCUACACUUCAUCUGCCAAUUUGGUCAGAAAAACAUUAUCAUUCAGGAGCCCAUCGGGGGAGUUUGGUGUACGACUGUGACCUACAAAAUCCACAGUGGUGAGAUUUUGGUGGCCAAUUCAUCAGCAAUCAGAGGAAUCGUCCCCCACAACAUCACAGUGGGACCAGAGGUGGAGCAACAGCUGGGCUCUGGCUGCCAUCAGCUGACCCUGCAUGCCUCUAACGGGGUCUCGGUCUUGGGUGUGUCCACUGAGCUGCAGGUGUGUCUGCUGGAGCCUGUGGAGGGCCUCCUGGGAUCAGUGAUGGCUGAGGAGGGAGAGUGUCCAGACUCAGACCUUUAUGUUAGAGUCUCCCUGGAUCGGGGAGCCCCGGUGCAGCUUCUCUUCCAGGUGUCUGGAGCCAACGACAGCAUCUCUGAGACCAGAGACAUGCAAAACAGCAGCAUGCAGGGUGCCCUGCAAAACUGUUACAGCGACGCAGGGAAAAAGCCACUUAAGGAGAGAAAAGAUCAGGACGGUCAGAAAGAGUACAAAGUGUGGCCAGCCAAGUCCUGUACUCCAGUGCAGGAGCUCCAAUCUGCAGUGGCAGACACAGUAGCUAAUCUAGGGCAGCAGGGGAUGCUCUCAGGAGAGACCCUUGGACAGAUGUUCAAGUCUGUGUCGGACAUGCUGAAUAAGGAUUCCAGUGAGGAAAAUAAUAACAGGAUGAAGCUGCGAGAACAGAUGCUGAUGAAUAUAACUGAAGCACUGGAGAACAACUCCAGCAGCACUCCUCAGAAUGUGCAGCUGACGGCCAGAGCUGUGGCAGGACUCACCAUGCGGGGUGAUGAGCUUAGUCCCAAUGCUCAGCUAGAAGCUAGCUUCCUGGUGGCAAACCUCAGCUCUUCCCUCCUCUCCAUGAAUGUCAGUGAGCAUGGUGGAGAAGAGGAGAUGGUGAAGGCAGCUACACCAAUUGUGGAGGCAGUCAGCAAUAUUCUGGAUGUUUCCUCAAAUUGCACAGGUGAAGGGGUGAAGAUUGACAGCACUAAUCUCUCUGUGUUGCUCUUGAUGGCUCUGCUUUUAAGCCUGUCUUGUGCUGAGGAUGAGAUAGCAGCUUUAUCCUGCCCAGAGUACCAAGAGGGCUUUGACGGCUCCUGUUAUGAGUUUGUGGGUCUACAGCAUUCCUUCAUCAGUGCACAGGGUUGGUGUGAGCGGGGUGGCAGACACCUGGCCUUCAUUCUAAAUAUCGAUACACAGCAGUUCCUACAGAGGCACCUGCAGCCGGAGCAGGACUGGUGGCUAGGUCUGGCACCUGCCUCCCCGAACCUAACACUGGACUCUGCUGUUGCUGAAGGUCCUCUCUCCUGGCUUGAUGGCUCUGAUGUCAGCUACUCUAACUGGGUGAACGACCCUGGUCCAGGGGCUGGCUGUGGUCACAUACUGAGGAGCUCAGGGUUUCAGUGGGAGGCAACAAGCAACUGUAGCCAGGAGCUACACUUCAUCUGCCAAUUUGGUCAGAAAAACAUUAUCAUUCAGGAGCCCAUCGGGGAGUUUGGUGUCAUCAAAUGCUAUAGCAUGAACCUCCCAACAGAUGGCGCAAACUGCAAGGCCCUGUACGGAAGCCCCCUUCAAAUCCAGGUUGAAGUAGAAGCAGGUACGACUGUGACCUACAAAAUCCACAGUGGUGAGAUUUUGGUGGCCAAUUCAUCAGCAAUCAGAGGAAUCGUCCCCCACAACAUCACAGUGGGACCAGAGGUGGAGCAACAGCUGGGCUCUGGCUGCCAUCAGCUGACCCUGCAUGCCUCUAACGGGGUCUCGGUCUUGGGUGUGUCCACUGAGCUGCAGGUGUGUCUGCUGGAGCCUGUGGAGGGCCUCCUGGGAUCAGUGAUGGCUGAGGAGGGAGAGUGUCCAGACUCAGACCUUUAUGUUAGAGUCUCCCUGGAUCGGGGAGCCCCGGUGCAGCUUCUCUUCCAGGUGUCUGGAGCCAACGACAGCAUCUCUGAGACCAGAGACAUGCAAAACAGCAGCAUGCAGGUUUACAAUAUCUCAACCACUAUCCAAGGAUAUUUGCAAGUGAAAGACAGGGCCUGGAAUGUCUUCUCACACAUGGAUGUGGAUGUGGGGAACACAACAGCAAUUUGUCACUACAGUUCAGACCUCAGGCGGGAUGACUAUGUAAACGCAACAGAAAAGCAUAUGAGAGUUUGCGGAGCUUAUAACUUGAGAAUCACUGCCAUUCCAGAAGCUGCCAGUCAAGACACUGAAAGCGUCAAACUUGAGGUAACUGGCUUAGGAGGACUAUCUAAUGGAAUGCAGAGCAAAUUUGAAUGGGAAUGCAAAGAAGACUGUAAGGGGAAGGGGAAAUGCAAUGAUAAAACAACGGACAAGACUCGUUUGAUUGUAAAAGAUUGUCUUCCAAACCCAUUUGAGUUCUUUGAAUACACUUUUUCUGUGAAGAGAAGGGGUGCCCUGCAAAACUGUUACAGCGACGCAGGGAAAAAGCCACUUAAGGAGAGAAAAGAUCAGGACGGUCAGAAAGAGUACAAAGUCAGCAAAAAUUAUCUGAAAGAAGCUUCCGGUGGGUUUCAGAAUCUCAAUGUGAUAGUUUAUGUCCCCCCUUCAUGUAGUAUUUUCUCUCUAAAUGGCACCGUUCUGGAUCCUUUCACUAUCACCUGUACAACGCCUACAUCCUGCUCAGACGGCUGCCAAUAUUGUUUUAAAACUGACCAAGGUAAACAUCUGCGCUGCAGUUCUGUAAAUAAAGUAACGUUAAUCUUCCUACCUCUUGGGGAGAUAAGCAGCAACUACAAGCUCUCGGUAGUGGUGACUGUUACAGAAUUUAACACAAAGACCCGUGGAAGUACCACAUUCACCACUCAGGUGUGGCCAGCCAAGUCCUGUACUCCAGUGCAGGAGCUCCAAUCUGCAGUGGCAGACACAGUAGCUAAUCUAGGGCAGCAGGGGAUGCUCUCAGGAGAGACCCUUGGACAGAUGUUCAAGUCUGUGUCGGACAUGCUGAAUAAGGAUUCCAGUGAGGAAAAUAAUAACAGGAUGAAGCUGCGAGAACAGAUGCUGAUGAAUAUAACUGAAGCACUGGAGAACAACUCCAGCAGCACUCCUCAGAAUGUGCAGCUGACGGCCAGAGCUGUGGCAGGACUCACCAUGCGGGGUGAUGAGCUUAGUCCCAAUGCUCAGCUAGAAGCUAGCUUCCUGGUGGCAAACCUCAGCUCUUCCCUCCUCUCCAUGAAUGUCAGUGAGCAUGGUGGAGAAGAGGAGAUGGUGAAGGCAGCUACACCAAUUGUGGAGGCAGUCAGCAAUAUUCUGGAUGUUUCCUCAAAUAGAGAAGUCUCUGAUUUACUUCUCAAGGGCAUGGACAAUGUGCAGAGUGCACUGUUGAAUGGGAAGAAGGUUGAUGAAGCUCCUGUGAUUGUCAACAGCUCUCAGAUCACUGUGUUUGUGAACAGAGUGUCAACAGAAACUAUCCAGAUGCAGUCUAUAAGCAACCCAAUAAGCUCCUCUGCAAGCUUUUCCUUCCCUCACCUGGGUGCUGAUGUCCUUUCUCCAGAGGAACCAGUGGAUGUGCGAAUGCUGAGUUUGAAGAAGAACCCAUUUUCAUGGAGCGAGGAGAACAAUAUUACUGGCACUGUAGGGUCUGUCUCCCUGACCAGAGGAAAUGGUUCUGUCAUCCCCAUAGAGAACCUAUCUGAGGAGAUUGAGAUAUUCUUGCCAAGGCCUGAAGGAGGGCAAGCAAACAGCACAAUAAUGUACUUGGGAAACUACAGCACACUGAAGAUCGACGGCCCUUCACCUAAUGUAACACUGGUGCUGAAGAUAAAGUAAUCGAAGGACAUAACCUUUCAACUGUUGUUGGGGUACAAAGACUACCCAAACGAUAAGCAAUACAUAGCCAAGACUCAGAUGCCUCACCAGAGCAACACACAAGAGGAGAAAUACAACUGUCCCAAUGAUUUGACAGGAAAGGUUGGGAAGCACUACCUUGUGGUGAGGCCCAUUGUAGAAGCAGGGGUUAAAUCUGUCAAUGCCACUGUGACUGUCACCUCCAUUGCUGCUCAGUGCAAAUAUUGGAAUGAAACCAAAUCCACCUGGAGUGAAGAUGGCUGCAGGGUUGGUCCUUUAACCACGCCAUUGGCCACCCAGUGCUUAUGUACGCACUUGACCUUCUUCGGGAACUCUUUCUUUGUCAUGCCCAACCUCGUAGACGUGUCACGUACGGCUGAGCUCUUUGCCACCUUCGCCAAAAAUCCUGUGGUGGUGUGCUUUAUUGGUUCCAUCUUUGUUACUUACGUAUUGGUGGUCAUAUGGGCACGCAGGAAGGACAUCCAGGACACAACCAAGGUGAAGGUGACAGUUCUGGAAGAUAAUGACCCCUUGGCUGAAUACCGUUACAUGCUGAAUAUCAGCACUGGGCAUCGGCAUGGUGCUUCCACCUCCUCUCAGGUUACUGUGACUCUGCUGGGCACGGAGGGAGAGAGUGAGCCACACCACCUCACUGACCCUGACAAGCCUGUGUUUGAGAGGGGUGCAGUGGAUACGUUCCUGUUGACCACACCCUUCUCCCUGGGGGAGCUGCAGAGCAUCAGGCUGUGGCACGACAACUCAGGGGGGCACCCUGCCUGGUACAUAAAAAAAGUUAUAGUGAAAGAUGUAGAGACAGGACAGAAGUGGCACUUCCUGUGUAAAUCAUGGCUGGCCAUAGAUAUGAGUGAGUGCACUGUGGAUAAGGUUUUCCCUGUAGCCACGGAGAUGGAUUUGAAGAAAUUCAGUAAUCUGUUCUUCAUGAGGACAGCAAAGGAUUUCUGUGAUGGCCACAUCUGGUUUUCUGUGAUCAGCCGGCCUCCAACGAGAACCUUCACAUGUGUCCAGAGAGUCUCCUGCUGUUUCUCUCUGCUGCUCUGCACCAUGCUGACCAGCAUCAUAUUCUGGGGCAUCCCUACCGACCCCUCUGAGCAGACCAUGGACCUGGGUCAUAUCGAGUUCACCUGGCAGCAGCUGAUGAUUGGAGUUCAAAGUUCAAUCAUAACGUUUCCAAUUAAUCUCCUCAUUGUGAGUAUCUUCAGAAACACCCGCCCCCGAGAAACGAAGCCUGGAAAGCCCAAGGCAGAGGUGUCCAAGCAGGGGAAGACUGGCAGAGUGUCUCCCUCACAGCCCCCCUCCCCACAGAGGGAGAGAGAACUCAUGCCAGACACAGUAAUCAAGUACAUAAAGAAUAUUGCCCAGUCACUCUCCAAGGCUAUGAAGAGCCCCAUUCCACGCCUGGAGUUAGAGAUGAAGCCUGGACAACAGACUGAUAUCAACACUCUGCUCUCUCUGGUGGAGGAUAUCAUCCGGCAACAGAACCGAGACGGUGGGGAGUUCUACACUGAUGCCUCCAAGAAAGAGGGAUCACUCAUUCUCUCACUAGGGGCAGUCAAUCUAGACCAGCCUAUUGAAGGGUGGUGGUCAAGCCCGGAGCCGGAACCCAGCCUGGGAGGGGACCAGCUGGCUCGAAGCCCAGGCCAAGCAGAGAGCAGUGAUGGGGACAGUGGCAGUAAAAAGUGCUGUCAAGGCGGGCUUCCCUGGUGGUUUGUGUUUAUUGGCUGGAUUCUGGUGUUAGCCACCAGCGGAGUAUCAGGAUAAUUCACCAUGAUUUAUGGGCUGACCUAUGGGAAGGACCGCUAUAGCUGGCUCAUCUCCAUGGCCGUGUCUUUCUUUCAAAGCCUCCUGAUCAUUCAGCCGCUGAAGGUGCUAGGUUUUGCAGCCUUCUUUACUCUCGUUCUGAAGAAAGUUGAUCAGGAGGAGUAUGGGGAACCAAAAAUCGAGGGGGCACUCAGAAACCCAGAUGACCCUGAUGCAGUGUGGGCUGUCAGAAGGGAUAGCACAUGCAGCUUCUACCAGCCCCCUCCUCCCAUAGACAUCGAGAGGAUGAGGAACAACAUCAUCAAGGAGCAGAAGGUCUUCGCCCUCAUCAAAGAGAUUCUCACCUACAUGGGAUUCAUGUGGAUGUUGCUCCUGGUGGCGUAUGGUCAGAGGGACCCUAACGCUUACUUCCUGACUCAGCACAUUCGGCAGAGCUUCAGCCAAGGGAUCUCAGACAGCAUGAGCCACGGAAAUGUGUUCACCUGGGCAAAUACCUCUCUUCUCAGCAACCUCUUCGGAGAGUACCCAGGUUUCAUCACAGAUGGGAACUCCAAACUGGUUGGUAAUGCCCGUCUUCGCCAGGUGAGGGUGCAGAAGAACUCCUGCCGCAUCGCCCGCUCCAUGCGCCAGUCUGUUCCUGACUGUCAUGCUCCAUACUCAUGGGAGGUGGAGGACAUGGGCUCCUAUGGGCCAGGCUGGAACCGCUCGGGGAGUGAAAACACCUCAAAGACCCUCCGCAGCCCCUGGCAAUACCAAACCCAGGCCCGACUCAGAGCCCAACCCAUCUGGGGUCGUGUGGUUCUCUACAGGGGAGGGUGGUUUGUGGUGGACCUGGGCCCUGACUCACAGAAUGCUAGCAGUACCCUUCAGUAUCUGUUUGACAACACCUGGCUUGAUAUGUUCACCCGGGCAGUCUUUGUAGAGUUCACCGUGUACAAUGCCAAUGCCAACCUCUUCUGCAUUGUCACACUCAUGCUGGAGACCACAGCUGUAGGAGCGUUCCAGUUUCGCAGUGAGCUGCAGAGUGUCCGACUGUACCAGUCCACCGGUGGACUCCACACCUUUGUCAUGGCCUCUGAGGUCAUCUAUUUCCUCUUUAUCCUCUACUACAUGUUUGUUCAGGGAAAGCUGAUGAAGCAGCAGAAGUGGGCUUACUUCAAGACAAAGUGGAACCUGCUGGAUCUGGCCAUCAUCCUCCUGAGCUGGAGCGCAUUGUCUGUCUUCAUCAAGAGGACCCUGUUAGGGAACCGGGACAUGGAGUACUACCACAACCAUAAAGACCAGUUUGUCAGUUUCCGUGAGACAGCCAUAGCAGAUGCAGUGCUGGGGUAUCUGAUCGCAUUCCUGGUGCUACUGGCUACAGUCAAACUGUGGCACCUGAUGAGGUUCAACCCCAAGCUACACAUGAUCACAGCCACACUGCAACGGGCCUGGACUGACAUAUCAGGCUUCCUCGUGGUCAUCACCAUUAUGUUCCUGGCCUAUUCUAUUACUUCUAAUCUGAUGUAUGGCUGGAAGCUGUACUCAUAUAGGACUUUCCUGGAUUCUGCUCUGACCAUGGUCAGCAUGCAACUGGGCAUCUUUAACUAUGACGAGGUUCUUGAUUACAACCCGGUGCUUGGUGCAUUCCUCAUCGGCUCCUGCAUUAUAUUCAUGACCUUUGUGGUUCUGAACCUGUUCAUCUCUGUCAUCAUGGUGGCGUUCACUCAAGAGAAAAUACAUCACAAGCCCUCAGAGGAGGAGGAGAUAGUGGAUCUGAUGCUGAUGAAGCUCUGCAACUUGUUUGGGAUCAAAUGUAAGAAUGAGAAAGAAGAAAGUAACAGUCUCAAGGUGAAUGCCAACAAUGCCUCUGUUACUAAAAAAGAAGCCUCCACUAUAUCCUCAUAGAUGCUUAAUUCUCAGUAAAGAUCUGCCACUCUGUAUGAA